GUGUUCUAUUAAAAACAUGAUCUACACAUUUUUUUCCGUCAGAUUCCAACAUUAUACAAGUGGUACUUCUGCAAAUCAGUAAACUCAUCGCUGUAAACCUUUCUGUUAGGGUCAUUAGGAAAACUAAAGAAAACAGUGCUUGACAUAAUCACUAACUUCUCAACAAGAAAUUCUGAAACCCACUUGGCGAUGACAACAGCAAUACCGGGAAUGAGUUUUGAAACUAGGAGUGAUCAGCUCAUGAGUUCCUCCCUGGGAAUUACUCUGCGUGAUUCAGGAAAUGCCUCCACCAAUUCCAGUGGUCACGAGGGAGCCUAUGAAUGCAGGGUCAGCUUUCAGCCCACCCUCCUCCCCGUGGUCUACAGCCUGCUCUUUGUCUUGAGCCUGCUUGGAAACUUCACGGCGCUGACGUCCCUUUUGAAAAACUGGAGGUUCUCCUCCCAAGCCACAACUUUCACCCUCAACCUGAUCAUCAUCGACGUUCUGUUCACCUUAUCUCUGCCACUGCAAAUCUAUUACUAUGCCAACGGCAACAACUGGAUUUUCGGGGAGUUUAUGUGCAAGACAACCAGUUCCCUCUUCUUUGCCAAUAUAUACGGCUGCACCAUGUUCCUGACCUGCAUCUGCAUGGAUCGCUACAUCGCUGUGAUGCAUCCCAUCAAGUACCUGAAGCUGCAGAGGCCAGUGUACCGUGCUCUAGUCUCCUGUGUCAUUUGGCUAGUUAUUGCAAUUGUGGUUUUAACGUACGCUUUCUCAGGUCGCACGGCCAACAGGUUUGCAGACGGCAAAAUCAGCUGCAUGGAAAACUUCGGGAAAAAGUCCUGGAGUGGCUGGUUGGCCCCUAUUGCCAUAUCUUCCUCGAUCGCUGGGUUUUUUCUACCUUUCUUUUCCAUAGUUACCUGCUACUCUCUGAUCGCCAGGCGUAUCAUGGGCAUGACUCAGGGGAAGCAAAGAGGUCAGCAUGUAAAGAAGAAGUCACUGAGAACUAUCCUUGUGGUGCUUGGAGUGCUGAUCAUCAGCUUCCUUCCCUUUCACGUAGUGCAGAUCUUGCACACGCUGGCACGCAUCCAGGUGCUCCCAAGCCUAUCCCUGCUCCCUUUCACCUGUGGGGCGAGAACAGUGGUGAUGGGGCUAGCCUGUCUGAACAGCAGCUUCGACCCUGUGGUGUAUUACUUCAGUGCAGAGAACUUCCAGCUCCUGCCAUUCUGUCACAGAAAGGACUCCAGCAGGUCUUCUGAAAACACCUCCAACAACAAACUGUGAGCACGCCGCUCUGUUCUCUUCUCAGUCUUGAACUUGAUGUCGUUUUGCAGCGCUGCAGUGAUUGUGAAUGGAUCGUCUCCUGUAAGAAGUCUUGGUGCAUUCUGCUGUUCAAGCGAUCAUGAUGCUCUCUCGAUUGGUUUUGCCACCUUGCUGGAAUUGUGUGCCCCACUUUGGAGUCAGCAGCUUCAUGAAGUUUAGAUGAAAUGUUAAGAAAAUAAUAACAUGAGCUAAACCAUUAAACAUAUGUGUUUGCCUUUUGCGUCUUGCUGCGUGCUAUUUUUUUGUUUUGUGUGUUUGUAAUCCUGUAUUAUAUGACAGGGUCUGAGUAUCACAUUGUGUAAACGAACAAUCAAACAAACAAACACAAUGACAAUGUCUCCCUUCUAUUUCUUUUUCGUUCUGCUAGCUCUGCAAUUGAAUGCACUUUCAACACCGUUUGCAGUCCAUCUCUAGAGCUCGGCAGUGUAAAGUGCAUGACACAUUUACAGUGGGAAUCUUUCAUAAGUAGGUCCAUGGAGUAGGUUAGCACUUCUGCACUGCCAGUAUAAUAGAGGAAGGUGAGAUCUUUUUCUUCUAAAGAGUCAAAGGAAUCCCAGAUCCAUGCAACUCAUUGAAGACCUGUGUAUCCUAUGGAAACAGUAGUUUUGUGUUCUGUCUCAAUGGAAAUGCGGGAUUUCUUUUCAGUCUCCCGGGGAUAUUAAAUGGGAAUUUGCAUGUAGGUGUUGGGUGGAUAUGUGAGUGUUUGUCGUUCUGCUGAGAUCAGUGUGAAUGUGGGAUUGAGAAUUCAGUGAAAAUAAUAAAGAAACCCUUUGGAAAUGAAUAUGUCCAGCUGCUUGCUUUAGGUUUAAGAGUAACUUUUACAGCCUCACCGGUACAAGAAUGGC